UCUUCUCCCGCGUCACUUGUUGAAGUCUAAACCGACACAAAACUUGCGUGUGGGAUGACAUCAUGAUAACACCUGAGCAGAAGCAGUCUAUGGACACUACACAGUGGCACCCACGUCUUCAUGGGACUUAGUUUCUCUCUGAGUUUUAAAAGCGAAAGCGUCCUAAGUUCCGGGAGCGUCCGAGAUAACAGGAAGAGGGAGCGCCGGUGUUCUGGGAAUCCCAAACGGCGUUUGUGUGUAAUAAACAAUAAAACUAAAUUAUAUUGUGCUGCUAUAGAGUUACGAUGUGUAAACGUCUGUAAUGUAGACUCAGCAUGUCUGCCAAAGCCACCGUGAGGAGAAACAAAACAGCCCUUCAAACGAUUCUGUCCGGAGACUACAGGCUGAUCCUCAACAAAGUUUAUGAGAAGGAGCUGAUCAAUCAACGGGAAUACAACAAUCUUAAAAGUAUCAACAGGGAAGAUGCGGAGGGACACGUUAUUGAGCUCGUGGAUAAAAUCAUGAAUAAAGGAGACGAUACGUGCAGAGCUUUCCUGAACCUCCUGCAAACUGAUGAAGACAUUAAAAGUACUUUCCCUCAGCUGAAGGACUUAAAACGGAAUGAGGCCCUCUUUGUAUCCAGGCCCGUCGAAAUUUCUCCACCUCACAAUGGCGUCGAGUCAAAAGGUAUACAACAUAAAUCCAGCCAAAGGGAAACGAUGUUCGACGACGGGAAAGGAAAAGGAGCGCAACAUGUGACGCCCUGUUCCAAUAGGAGCAGGUCCACGAUAAAUAUUCAGACUUUGUUGGACAUAAACAACGAACUGGAAUCUUCUGAGGUGGCUGCGCUUUGCUUCUUGUGUAGUGAUGUUGUCAGUAGGAAACAUCUGGAGGAGAUCAGGCAGGCCAAAGAGCUGUUCUCAAGGUUAAGUGAAAAAGGUCUACUGGAGAACAAUACAUUCCUCAAGGAGCUGCUCCGCACUAUCCAUCGAGAAGACCUCAUCAUACGCUUAGAGGCAGGCAGUGGAAAUCUAGAGGAAACAGAUGCUAGACGUGUCCUGUCAAACUUCAGAAUAAUGCUGUACAAAAUAUAUGAUGACAUGACUGUAGAUGGUCUUGCAAGCAUGAAGCUUCUACUGAAGUCCAAGCUGGGCAAUCGACACCUUGAUCACUGUAAAGCGGUGAAGACUGUGAUGGACAGCCAGACACAGAGCCCGCCUUUCUUCAGCCAGGAGAUGGAUGAUAACGUGACUGGCACGUGUGAACAGGGAGAUCAACAGAAGAGAGUAUUUAGAUGCCAGGGCCCUGAUACACUGUCACCAAGAGGCUCAUCCUUAAAUAUGUGAGACCAAGUACAACACUGCAAGGGUCCCAGAUUCACACGAUCAUAGACAUUAUCAGUCUGGUUUGCAGUGUGUCUGUAAUUUUAUUUAUGGAAGCAUUUGUGCUUCUUUAUUUUGUCAUAAUACAUAUGCAGUAUCUCAAAAAAAGUGAGUACACCCCUCAAAUCUUUGUCAAUAUUUUGUUAUAUCUUUUCAUGGGACAACAUUAAAGAUGUGACACAAAGUAGUCAGUGUACAGCUUGUAUAACAGUGGAAAUUUGCUGUCCCCUCUAAAUAACUCAACAAACAGCCAUUAUUGCCUAAACAAAUGGCAACAAAAGUGAGUACACCUCUAUGUGAAAAUGUCUAAAUUGUGCCCAAUUAGCCAUUUCCCUUCCUGGUGUCAUGUGACUCGUUAGUUUUGCAAGGUUUCAGAUGCAAAUAGGGAACAGGUGUGUUUAAUUUGGUCUUACUGCUCUCACACUCUCUCAUACUGGUC